CUCAAUCAACACUCUUCUUUUGACACUUGUCACAGGUACGAGCUGCAUCUCAUUCACUCAGUGUUCCUCUGCCUCCCACACUCGACAAGUCUCUAACAAAACUAAUGUUCCUUUCCUUGUCCUUGCUGGCACAUAAAGCUCUUUAUAUACGAGACCAUGGAACAAUAACAGUUGAAGAAAAUCAAAACAUGGGUUCUCUGGGGAACAGACUUUCUUAUCCACCUUUCAUUUGUCAAUACAGUAAAAUCUCUAUGAAGUUGGUAGACAGCGAAGAAAACGCGAAGGAGUGUGAGCUGCCAUUGAUUGAUCUGAGAGGCUUAUUUGGCGAGGAUAAGAAAGAAAAAAUGAAAUGCAGAAAGAAGAUUGUCGAUGCAGCUAGCAAGUGGGGCUUCUUUCAGGUUUUGAACCAUGGGAUAAGUCAUGAGCUUCUAUGCAAAAUGAGGGAGGAGCAAGUUAAGAUUUUUGAGCUACCAUUUGAGAGAAAAGCAGAUGGGAAACUCUUGAAUGGUUCUUAUAGAUGGGGAGCACCUUCUGCAACCUCUGUGGAGCAGUUUUCAUGGUCAGAAGCAUUUCAUAUUUCUUUGCAGAAAGUUCCACAGAAUAACUGCUACGGAGAGGAAUUACAGUCGUUGAGAAUGGUGAUGGCAGAGUUUGCAGCAGAAAUGUCAGAAUUAGCUAUGACUUUAGCAGCAGAGCUAGCAGAGAAUCUGGGCCAAAGCAAGCAGUAUUUCACUGAACAUUGCAAUGAGAACACUUGUUUCCUUCGUCUGAAUCGGUACCCACCGUGCCCCGUCUCUUCCAAAGUCUUUGGACUCAUGCCUCACACAGAUAGCGAUUUCCUCACCAUCCUCCAUCAAGAUGAGGUUGGGGGUUUGCAGCUGAUGAAGGACUCCAAGUGGAUAUCUGUCAAACCGAACCCAGAUGCUUUGAUUGUAAACAUUGGCGACCUUUUUCAGGCGUGGAGCAAUGGAGCAUAUAAGAGUGUUGAACACAAAGUAAUGACAAAUCAGAGGAAGGAAAGGUUUUCUAUAGCUUACUUUCUGUGCCCAUCUUAUGAGUCGGUGAUCAGAAGCAGUAAGGAUCCUCCACUUUACAAGCAAUUCACUUUUCAGGAAUUCAGAGAGCAAACACAAAGGGACGUGCAAACAGUUGGUCGUAAAAUUGGUCUGCCAAGGUUUCUUCUUUGACUAUCAAUUUAUGCAAGUAAAAAUGUUACAGCAAUUAAAAUGUGAAAGUUCAUAAAGGUGGCUGGCCAAUCACUUUACUCGUAUAGUAGUAUCUCCAUAGUAAACAGAACAAGGAUGUCCAAACCAGAGCGAGGGAGAGAGUAAGAUGUUACACCAAUUAAGCUCUAAAAUGUCAUAAUGGUGAACUGGUCCAUUAUUUGCUCAUACAGUGGCUUGGCCAUCAUUUUACUCCUACCGUUAGACGAAUAUAGGAUGUUCAAACCAGAGAGAGCGAGAGAAAGAGAGGAGUAUUCAACUGCCUAUCAUAAAUGGGAAACAAAAGAAGACUGGCAAGACAAGCUUUUCAAUUACUUUGUCAAAAGCAAAUAGUAAGUUCUUUCUUACACCAACAUUCACGGGGUUCACGCAAGAAUAUUUCACGGGAGGAUCUUGCCAACAGAACCAUAAAUUAUUAAUAAGAGAGAUGUGGAUCAAGUAUAUGCACAAUCAUGCGCACGUACGCCAGCAUACACCGAUUGUCCCAUAUUUCCCUUGCCAGGCCAGCAAUGAUGUAAAUCGCAGAUAGACUAAAGCAUCACAUUCUAGUGAUGACUGAUGCAAAAUAGGUUGGUGUGAUACGUGCGUUAACAUUCUUCCAAUUGAUUUGCAGUAUAUCUUACUCCAGCCAUGUUUCGUGAAGGGAAAAAUCAGUAUUAACUAGCACAAAGUACUUCAAGUCAUACCAUCUGAAAUUUGAACCAUGGUAAUGCAGACGAUCUCCUGAAGAAGAAACGGCAAAAUUCUAACCGUUUUACCAUGUAUCUCUCAAUAACUGUUGCUUACUGUUAUA